AUGCGGCUCACGGGAACACUGGCUACUAGCAAGCGGAACUUCACUCUCUUGGCGAACGGCGGAUCAAAGCUUGUUUGGAAGGCUUAUGCUAUUGCAUUGCAGGCCCAUAUGACAACGCAAGAUGACUUGGACAAUUCUGCCAAGGCGAUCUUUGUUGCCUCUCCAGGCCUCUUCGACAUCCCUGCAGGAGAGUUUGCCCCUCAACAGAUCACCAACGACCACAUAUUCCGCCGAACCGAUUGUCUGCAGAAUGCUCGAUCUCCAUUCUACACAUCUGAUGGAGAAAGCUACUUUGAUUCUCGUCGCAAGUAUCUACAGGCUAUCCAUGACGAUGUAUGUCUCUUCACGCCAUUUGUGCGCUCGCAAAAUACUAAUGAGAAGUCGGCCAUGACUUCAUCCAUUGUUGCUGGCUCAAUCUCCAAGCUACGCUCCGAAGUUGAGCAGGCGCAGGACAUCAGUGCACAGGCAUACCUGCGUGACCUCGAUCUAUACCAGAAGUUUGCAGCUGUGGCUGGAUCUGAGCUUAUCGAAUUUGAAGCGUGGGGCGAGAAGUUCGGCAUUUAUUAUGCAUGGGCCAAGAGCGAGCAGAAACGGCUCGAAUCGGACUACACCCUUGCGGCCACUAAAACAUCAAGCAGUGUUGGGUUGGUGCUGGCUGCAUUUGAUCUGGCACGGGAUACCUCAACGCUCAGACUUGGGAGCAACAUGCCAUGUUCAAACAUGGAUAUCCCAUCUUCAAUAGGACGCGCACAGACUCCACUAGUGGUUCCUGCUGAUCAAACCUACUAUCGGCCCCUGUACUCAAUCAACGGCCUUGACCGAAGAGUUGAUUCCUGGGUUGGUGCUCAAGACGGUGGCCGUGAAGAGGUUGAGUUAGAUCUCGAUCUUGGCAAUGCCAAGACAGCUUCUUGGGCAGGUCUGGGGUUUCCCAAUCUCGAUCAUGAGCCUCUGUACGACACCAAAGCUGUUGACGCUACCAAUGCGGACGUGACCCUAUCACUCAAGGCUGGGGGUAUGCAAGCAUUCGACGUUGAUCGGGGCUUUUGGUGA